CCUACUAAAGAAAGGGAUGCACGAAACGUGCAAUAGCAUCGGAGCAGUGGCACGAUAAAGUGAAAAAUUAAGCAACGGACGUCUAACCUUUAGAUUUUGUGUCUUCUGUGAUGACCAGAUAACGUGAAGCAGUCGCCAUUACUCCCACUUUCACAAACCGUGCGUAAAGUGUACCAACCUGCCACCGAGUGGGCGAAUGAGAAAGAAACAACGUGUGUUGAAAUCUGCACACGGAGCGGGGAGAAGGCAAAAGUGUAAGUGAGUUGUCAAAAAGUGAAACUUUUGUCCAGCUUGCAGAACCGUCCGAUCGCGGUUCCUCAGAAGUCUAUUACCGAACGUCGAAGAAGGCUGCAAAUGGUGUCGUGCAAACCAAGUGAGUACUCGGAUUGUUCCUCCGCCGUCGUCUGCAGUCGCGAAGCAGCAGGAAGUGUGAUUGUUUUUUCCCUGCAGUACAGGGAAAUGAAAAACGCAACGCACGCAACGAAAAAUAAUAAAAAAAAUUAAGUGUGGUGUUGAAAAAGGGGUUGGUAUUUCGAAUGCCAGUGAGAGUGGUAAGGGAAAGGUAAUAGUUGGGGAAAAAGAGAGUGGAACCGCUGCCCCAAGUCGAACGGAGGAGGGAAACAGCGAGCGGAAAGUGCGGAAAAAGCGAAAGGUAACCUGCAGCAGCACUACAUCGUCGUUGUACACACUACUGCGAUCGGCUGUAGGUAGUGGUGGUAGUGCCCUAGUGAUUCGUAGUGCCCGAGCAGUGGCGGCGCCUUCGAGUAGGGAAAAGUGUUCUGCACCCCGCGGCGGGGCUACAGUGAAGCUGGAGAUCGGCCUGAUCAUUUUACCUUAGCCUACGGAUGAGAAAGUGCGCUCGCGAAGUGUGAGCUCGGGUGAGAAAGUUUCGCGACAAAACACAAGAUGCAAGUUUGGUCUGGUGGUGUGUGGGAUUGAAGAAAAAAAAGUGAGAAGGAAAGAGUGGAGCAAAGCAAAGGGUAUUCGUAGAUAAAGUGGAUCCCGCGUGUAACCACCUGUUUCGGUAAACCUGGCGCCCUUGUGUGUGAGGGAGAAAAGUGGCAUCGAUUGUUUUUUCUCGCAGUGUGUGCACUAGCGACUGUUCGUUACUGGUCCGUGUUUGUGUGUGCGUGUACAUUUUGUUUGGCGUAUCGCUUUAUCGUCCGCGUAGGGAAAGUUUGAAAGGAAUCGCGAGUCGCGCACUCUCCGCGCAGAUCAGACGGUGACGAAAGGUAGUUUAACGGUAGACCCAGUACCGGUUGUGCGCGUGUGUGUGUUCGUGUGUGGGGGGGAUUUGUGAAUAGUUUUGCCAGCUGUCAUCCGCUACCUACCGGCGAUAUUACUAAAACGUCAGCUGUCAGACAGUCCCGGACGAUAGGUUUGCAAGGAGAAGUAAACCCCCAAACCCCAAAGCCUACCCGAACCUUCUCCUGCGCAAAUCACCUGAUCCGUGGUUCCGCGAUCAAUCUUUCACUCGCUGGCCGGAAGAAAGGUGACACAAGGCGACACGCUGAUAGCGAAAGGAACGCGAGCCUAGCGUGUGGUGAUCGUGGUGCCAACAUCGACUGCCGGAGCGAGUGCUACAUUCCUCCACGGAUAUCAUCUGGUGACGUGUGUCUGGUGCACGGAAGGAAAUGUAAUGUGUUUGAAAGUUAACACACAAGAAUGCCAAUACAGGCGCCCCAAUGGACAGAGUUUCUCAGCUGUCCCGUCUGCUGCAACGAGUUUGCGGCGAACCUGCGCCCACCGAUCAGCCUAGGAUGCGGUCACACCAUCUGCCGCACCUGCCUCGCCACCCUCCACCACAGGCAGUGCCCCUUCGAUCAGACUGUUAUAUCGACUGACUUAGACUAUCUACCGAUCAACAAUGCGUUGCUGCAGUUAGUCAGUUCGCCCGGCUCGCCCGCGGCACCGUCUUCCUAUGGCGGUGGCAAGAGCGGCACGGGAAGCUCCGGUGGCAGCAUCAUCAAACCGAUCGGCAAUGGAGGCAGCGCGUCACCGGGAGCCGGCAGCUCGCAGGGGGCCGUUUGUGGCAGCAGCAACAGCAGCCCCACAAGCAGCGUUUCCGGCAGCAGCGGGAAAAGCUCCAGCUCCAGCUCGAGCAGCUCGAGUACCAGUAGCAGCACCAGUAGCGGCACGAAUGGCACGAACAGUAGCACGGCCUCGCCAAUCACCGGCGGUGGUGGUGGUGGUGGUUUGAGCACCACCUCCCCAACUGGAGGUGCGGUCGAUCCAGAUCUAUGCUCGACGAGUGUGCAGAGUCUCGGACCGGAGGACCUGCAAUGCUACAAAACGGCCAAGGCGUGCAUCGAAGAGCUGGCACUCUACCUCAAGCCCUGCUCGGUAGGUGGUGGUGGUGGGCUAGGGGCUGGCAGUGGCGCUGGCGGGCUCGGUGCAACAGGAGGAUGUAGCGGUGGAACGGGUGGUGGCGGCGGUGGUAGUCUGCUUUCGCGGCAGAUGCAGCGCAAGCUGGUGAUUCUGGUCAACUGUCAGCUGAUUGAGGAUGAAGGCCGCGCUAGGUCGUUGCGUGCCGCCCGGUCUCUCGGGGAGCGCACGGUCAUGGAGCUGAUUCUGCACCACCAGAACCCGCAGCAGCUGAGCACGAACCUAUGGGCGGCGGUGCGGGCCCGUGGCUGCCAGUUUCUCGGUCCGGCCAUGCAAGAAGAGGUGCUGAAGCUGGUGCUGCUGGCGCUCGAGGACGGGUCGGCAUUGUCGCGCAAGGUUCUGGUGAUGUUCGUCGUCCAGCGACUCGAGCCACACUUUUCCCAAGCGUCCAAGACGUCGAUCGGACACGUGGUGCAGCUAUUGUACCGCGCGAGCUGCUUUAAGGUGUCCAAGCGCGAAGGGGACUCAUCGCUGAUGCAGCUGAAGGAAGAGUUCCGCACGUACGAGGCGCUGCGUCGCGAGCACGACGCACAGAUCGUGCAGAUCGCGACCGAGGCUGGUCUGCGGAUCGCACCGGAUCAGUGGUCCUCGCUGCUGUACGGCGACACCGCGCACAAGUCCCACAUGCAGAGCAUUAACGACAAGCUGCAGACGCCGCAGUCGUUCGUACAGUCGGUGCAGGAGCUUAUCAUCGCGCUACAGCGCACGGGCGAUCCGGCCAACCUGUCGGGGCUUCGCGUGCACCUAAAGCACCUGGCCGGGAUCGACUGGAACGCGGAGAACCACAUCCCGAGCUGGGGAGAGUGUGCGGCUGCACUGCAGGCGGUCAAGCGCGUCGUGGCUGGGCUGGUGGACUUCGUACAACACCACGGCAAUCGGAAACUGCAGGAGGCAGGCCAUCUGGCGCAUAAUCGUAACUACAAGAUAAGUUUGUGUCGCGAUUUGAACAACCGGGGCACUUGUCCGCGCGGCCCCAACUGCACCUUUGCCCACUCGGAGGAGGAGCUGGAGAAGUAUCGGACGAAGUUGCGUAAAAACCACAGUAACUCCGGUGCCGGGGCCGCCAUGCGUUUGCCGAAUGGGAAAGAUCACCAUCUAGGGCAGGGUCCGGGGGGUGGUGGAUCGACGGUUGGCGGAGGUGUGCAGCUAAUGAACCGGACCCGAGUCGGUGGCAUGGAUUACCAUUCAACCGGCGGAUUGGACGGAGGAGGGGGAGGGAUGCAUCAGAGUUCCUCUUCCUCGCACGGCUAUCACUCUUCGGGUGAGGAAGCGUCGCCGGUGCGCGGUGGAUAUCAGAAGCCGCCUGUGUCGAGUUCUGGUACUGGGCAUCACCGCAUGAUGGACAAGUCGCCCAUCGGAAGUCACGCCAGUAGCGGUGGCGGAAGUAGCGGCGGCGGUGGUGGUGUAAACGGCACCGGUGGUGGUCAUCACCUAAGCUCCCAUGGGGGGACGGGAGGCGUUCAUUCACCAUUCGCACAACAACAGCAGGGAGCGAUGUCUCAACAAGGACCGGUGUCAAUAAACGGUGGACGAGGAUCUUAUGGCCCCGGUCACUACCAACAGCAACACGGAGGAGGAGGAGGAGGAGGAGUUGGUAGCGGUGGCGGAAACUUCCAUCAUCCAAGUGGUCGUCCACCACAUCAUCCGUCACAGGGUGGUGGCCAUCAUAACAACGCCGCAUCCUCUUUACGCUACCGUCCACCACCGCAUAUGGGACCGGGUAAUUCGGGGGGAAGCGGAGGAGCAUACCAUCCGGGCAUGCUCCAGCAUGGUAGUGGAAGCAACCGUGGUGAUUAUCCUCCCGUUCAGCAGUUGGAGCCGCAUCACCAAGCGUCUGUUCAUCCACUGCUCGGUGGUGGUACCGGUGGCCAGAGUGAAUAUCUUCCGCCGUCCGUGCCCGGAGACAAGAUUGCGGAGCAUCACCACCAACACCACAGUCAGCAGCAGCAUCAACAACGGGGUCGGGGUGCAAACUUUGGCUGGGAUAACCUCGCUAGUCCAGGUGUGUCCAUGGUUGGUCAGCAACAACAACCACCGCCACCACCGCCGCCUCACAUGGGAGGAGGAGGGCCACAUCCUGGCGGUGGGUUGGGCAAAUUGUCACCGUCCUCCGCCCCUGGUGGCUCUUCCCAGCAGGGUGCUGGGUAUGGCGCAGGCCCACCACUUCCACCACCACCGCCACCGUCAGGGUCGAAUGUCAAGUGGAAUGGACACAUGCCACCUCCAUCGGGUGCCGGAGCAGCAGCCGGAUUGCAAUCACAGUCGAAGUACGCGUCACCCGGUAGUGGAAAUGGUGGUGGUCAUCAGCAGCACGGUCCGCACUACCAUCACCACAAAAUGGGACCCCAGCGAGACUAUAAUAAAGAGAAACAACAUCGGAUGCAACCAGGUGCAGCAGUACCGCAGGCAUCGUCGGGCCAUGGUUUAAGCGGCCACCACACUGGACACGGUCAUCUACCGUUCGGCGGCGCACGUAAUGGUGGAUCGCAAACUCCGUAUCUCACUUCCCCUCUUCCGGGCGGAGAGAUUCCCGUCGGCGGAGGUGGUGGUGGUCACCUUAACGGGCAUAAUGCUGGGGCUGGGUAUCACCAUCACCACAUGGGGACGAACCCGAUGUACCAGCAACAACGUUCAUCCGGAGUUGGUGGUGAAGGAUUUCUGCCCAAAAUGUUCCACGACGGAACACCUAGCGGCGGUAAGAAGCCAUCCUAUAGCCAGCAGCUGAUCAACCAACAUUUGAGCGAUAUUGGAAUGGCGAAUCCAUCGGCCGGCGCAGGUAUCCACCACCCUGGUAGUAAGGACAUAUUUAUCCGCUCGGACUCGCUGCUCGCUGACGAUGACGCGCUUAUGGUGGCCGAGCAGGAGUUUAAUAAUAUCGCAUCCUCUCAGUAUGGACCGAUCUCGCGCAUGAACCCGAUCGGCACGGAGCGCAUUGAUUUGGGUCUAACGCCACGAGCACACUCGGCCGGCCUGCGCACCUCCACGCAGACAUCUCGCGGGUUGUGGUCAACCUCUUCGCUCGGAGAAAGCCCUUCGCCCACCGGCGGCGGAUCGACACCGACCAACGUCGCGUUUUAUCACCCAGGUGAAUCGAUGCCACCAGCGUCCCAGCCACCACCACACGCCACCACCCUUCAGCAGCAUAAGCAACACCCGCUGCAGCAGCAGCAACACGUUCACGUACAUCAUCACCAACAACCAGUGUUGCACCAGCAUCCAUACCACGUACAGCAUCAUCCAAUGGGUGGCGGUGGUAAGAUGGUCGCACCGGAACCAAACAACAAUACGCUCGACUUCGAUACGCUGCUGCACGCCGACAAGAAGGCGCUGAGCGAGUACGAGCGUCACGGAUCGGGAACGAUCGUGGACUGCUGCGUCGAAGCACCUGGCGGCGGACCGACGAAUGCCGCUGGCACCGGUGAACCGGAUUUCCUACUGCAAUCGUUGGUUUCACCGACGGCACACGGACAGUACGGACAGCAGCAGCAGCAGCAGCAGCAACAACACCAGCACCACCAACAUCAACACCACAACCAACACCAUCAUCAUCAUAAUCAUCAUCAACAGCCACAACACUAUCCAGCUGUGGGAGGUGUUUCUUCGACGAUGCUCCUGGGAGACAACAAUGGCGGUGGUGACUCGUCGCAACACCAGCAGCCUCAUCCGAUGCCAUCACAGUUGCUUUCCGUCCCGCAAGGGGUGGAUCGAUGCAACGGUGGUGGAAGCUUGAGCGACCGGCUGGUGCCCAACGCACAACAAACGCUGUCCAACCCCGCUUGUCUAAGCGAUCGGACGAAUGAGGAUCAGCGCAAAUUGAUGGAGAUGAAGAGCCCACAAUCCUGCAUGCAGUCUCCCUCCGUUGGUAUGCUCGUGUCGGUGGCUACGGAAUCAUCAUCCUGCCAGACACCUUCGUCUGGGACCGCCGUGUCAUCCGCCGGGCCCGGUUCCAUGUGGAACACCUUCACCGGGCUCGAUUUGCCCAGCCUUAAACCGCCACCGUUGACCGCCGCUGACACGCCAAUAUCAAUCGCUGCUCCGAACGAUCCGGAUACGACAACCGGUGGCAGGUCGACCGGUGGUGGAGGUUUUCCGCAGGCAUCUUUCAUACGCCAGCAGGAGAAAUUCAAGCUCAACAAGAUGCUUAUGGACUCCACGGCGGUUAAUCAGCAGCAGCAGCAGCAGCAGCAGCAACCGUGCUUCCUGGGACAGCAAACGAACGGUGGUGGGUCGCUUGGAUUCCACGAAAUGCUCAACACGAGCCAACCGUCGUCUCCAAACUGUCUGAACGAUCGCUCCGAUGAUUCACGCAAGUUGGCUGCAUAUGGUGAACUGAAUGAUUUAAGGCUUCAACAAGCUUCUUCCAUCCAGACGCCCACGUCUUCGAUGCUUACCUCGACUUCCUCUUCGUCGUCUACCGGGGCCGGCCCCACCGAUGGCAACACGAACAACAAUAGAUCAUCGCCCGUGACGGGCACCUCGAUCGGGUGGAACAACUUGCUCGAUCUGUCCCCACUAGCCGCCGCUGGCGCUUCCAACAGUUGCAACACGACGGCCAGCAGCAGCAGCGUCAUUAUGAACACCAGCAACAGCUGCAGCAGCAGCUGUGAGGACUCGUAUGAGGCGGGUAUUGCAGACGAUAUGCGUGAACUGGAACUGCGUCUCGAGACCGAGCUGCAGCUGGACGAGAAUGGCAUAUAACACAGGAGAAAGUGGGUAGUCGUUGCGAGGAGCCAGGGUUUCUGAUUCUCGCGACGACGAGCAAUCGUAGGUGUAAGCGAAAGAACUAGUUCUCCGAAGCUGACGAAGACGAUAAGACACGAGAGACGCACAUACAGUAGAAGUAUGGUAAAGUAUAGGACUCUUCAGGUGGAGAGAAACCGCACCGGGUGACGAAGUGCCCCACAAUGUCGAUCCAGAUUGAACCAUCACGAAGUGAUGCUUUUGGUACUAUUUUAAUUUUUAUGCAUAAGGUUUUGUUUAUGAUCUAUUUCCUUGGGUGUCUUAGCUUUGAUGUGGGCCGUUAUUUUACUAGCAAAUGUUAUGACUCGCGAGAAGCGUGUAUAAAAACCCUAUUUGACUCAAAACACACAAAGGCCGGAGGACACGACCCAGGUCUGUUUUUGUACACGAUCCGCUGCCAAUCAUGCUUCGUGGGGAAAAAGUGUCUCCAAAUGGGAAUGGUUGCCGCCGCACAGUGCGAUCGGUAGGUAAAUGUGUUUUAAACAUUUUGCUUCUGAUAAUGAAAAAGUUAUCGCUUGCAUCGGUCGCAGUAAUCGUGUGGUUGGCCUCGACGAAUGCCGAUUGUGCACCUGGCUUGUACGCCUGUUUUCAACAUCAUAUUAACCAUUGAAGUGUGUAUUGUGAAAUUUCCUUCUGACGACUAUUUAGAAUCACGCCUUUUCUAACCCAUUACACACACCAGACCUUGUACGAAACGAAAUGAAUCGAAGUCCGAUUGCGAGGCAAAUGAAACGGAUGGGUUACAAAGUUCGCUUAACCGCGUUACUUUGAGUUCUGUUUACAAAAUAAUGGAAAAAGAUCGUACCCCCGAAUAGCUUGGGCCGUAAGACCACAUCCGGCAAUGUUAGCGAUAGUUAAAUUAUAUUCUAGCUCAAUUUAAACAAUCAUCCUUACCCUGUUGUUAAGUCCUUAAAAUCAAUGACGACGCCACGCCAUGCUCAGGUUCCCCGCAAUCAAAUGGAACCGAGCGAUGAUGAGAGACGGAAAUGAAUUUUAAUAGGACUAAUGUAACGAUGGUUCAGCAUAUGUAUGCCUUUUACUGACCCUUUGAUCCGUUCGUGUGAUUUUGAACUUUUAUUCG